CCCGGGCGCCGCCGGCCCGGCCCGGCCCGCCCUCGCGCCUCAGGGCCUCGGGUCCGGCCCGGGCACGGCACCCCCGCCCCGGCCAGUCAAUCCUCGGGCGGCUCCGCCCCGGCCGCUCCCAUUGCCCGUGGGCGGGCGCGGGACUCGCCAUGGCGGCGGCGCCCGGGCCGAGGAAGCGCAGCGGCGCGGCCGUGCUCGCGGGGGGCCGGGCCGGGGCCGCCCCGGAGAACGGCUUCCCGCCGCACAAGCGCCCCAAGAGCGGCGGGCACGGCCCCGGGGACCCCUUCGGCGACGGCGAGGAGUUCACGGCGGACGAGCUGGAGGAGAUCGAGAUCCUGGCCUCGCAGGCGCUGGGCCGGGAGGGCGGCGGGGAGCGGGGAGGUCAGGGCUGGGAGGACGGAGGGAAGAGUUCAGUGUGCUUCGGAGAACCGGGGCGAGCCGCCGAGGGGCUGUUGAACAGAGCAGGAAGCGGCGCAGCAGAUAGUCUGCGGGAUGCGUUCCAGUUUGAAGUCCUGCAAACACAGCAUGAAGAAAUCAAACAGAAGCUGAAGGAAAUGCAAGAUGAAAUUCUUAUUAAAAAUGGAGAGAUUAAAAUUCUGCGUGAUUCAAUGCAGCAGAUGGAGCAAGUGAUGGAGGAGCAGAAGAGAUCAUAUAUGCUGUUAGAACGGCAGAAAGCUCAGACCUUAAGUGAAAAAGAAAAAGAGUUCUCCAAAAAGUUACUGUCCUUGCGGUCCGAGUUGCAGUUCAAAGAUGCGGAAAUGAAUGAAUUAAGAACGCGACUUCAGAACUGUGAAAGAAAUAAACAUGCUCCUCAGACAGUUUUAACGCCCAGCCCUAAAAAGAACUUUGCAAUACAAGGGAAAUCAGAAGAGUGUUCUCCACAGCCUGGAAGAAGAGCCUUUCCUACAAAGGAAUCCUUCAGUGCUGAAAUGUCCACUAGACCAUCGUCUUCUUCAGUAACUACUUUGAUCAAAGAAGACACUAAGGUCGCCCAUCCUGAAGUGUCGUCUGUGAAGCACGAAGCAAUGGGAAAACAUGGUUCCUACAACUCUGCACAUAAACGAAACACCCAAGGUUCUCUCUUGCUGAAUGCCUUGAUGAAGCAGCCCAUUGUCCCGGGGUUGUCACUAGGACUCUGCCACCUUCUCAGCAGUAACACCGAGCCUCUCCUGGGAGCUGUCCUGCAGCCAAACUAUUUUGAUAUGAAGUCCACGCAACUGCCCAGCAGCAGGACAACUCGAGAAGAAAUUGCUCCUCAUGUAUCCCUGCGAGAAGCUCAGAAACUUGCAAUAACAGGCUUGAACUUGAUUGCAAUGGACGAAGGAUUAUCUGAAGGAAGCCCAGCAGAAAGCCAGAGAGAGUUCUUGCCCUUCGCACGCUGCAAGAUCCGAGGUGCUGUGCAUCUCUUGCCCUUGGUUGAACACCACAUCGACGUGUACUGUCAAGCGGUACAGUCGGUGGACAAGUCCAUAAAUAGUUCUUGUGGAAACCAUUCAGCUGUUUCUUCCAGAACCAACACAAAUGUGGUGUCGAAUAAGGAGGACUUGAAGCUGUCUCUUGAAGAAACUACAGUUCUGUCACUGGGUAUUCUUUAUUAUUUGGCAUUUUAUAGCUGUGAUGUUGUCCACACGUUACUGUCUACUGGAGUGGAAAAAAGUUCUGCUGCUGGAGAUGAACAGGUUUCCAAGACAGACAAGAAUAUGCUGUGUGAUGAUCAGUGCGAUACUAAAGAAGAUACCAGGACGCAAGGAGGGCUGCCUGUCGCUCCGAAGGAUGCUCCCAGUAACGAUCGAGCUCAGCAUUCUUUGUUUAAGAAGCUGCUGCAGGUUGUAGGUUUUUCUGCUGCCAGAGGCUCCCAGACCUGUAGCGUAUUGAACCAAAGCCUCAAGGCUCUGGUGAAACUAGCUGAAAAUUCAACACUGGAGUUGCUAAUAAAUUUUCAGCACUUCCUGAGCAGUCAGACACUGCUCCGGUGCCUGUGUCCCGAGACCCCUCUGCCUGCUGCCCUUCUGACCGUGAGGCUGCUCUCCGUUCUUGCUCAGCACCACAUGCUGGUCGCUCAGCUUUGUUCUCGUUCAGACACCUGCCUCCUCCUAGCACUGUACAUGUACAUCACAUCGAGGCCAGAUAAAUCGGCAUCUGAAAUGCUUUGGCUGCAGCUGGAGCAAGAGACAGUUCGACUCCUGACAAGGUGCACAUGGCGUUCUGGUCCUGCAGCUUUGUUACCUGGCACGGACUGCCAGUGUAGCCUCGAGGUGGUUAAGGCACUGAUUAUAAUGUUACACAGACAGUGGAUGAAGAUCAGAAGAUCUGAGAACAGUGUGUGUGCACACAAGGAACAAGUCAUUCAGUUCUUACGGGAUGCAGUUCUCCUCUUGCACAGCCUGUCUCAGAAAGAUAAACUGUUUCACGAACACCGUUUGGAGGUUCUCCAUCAGUACGAGCAAGCCAUGCCGAGCAUAAGGGCCAUUCUCAGGAAGACUCAAAAGCUGAAUGCUUGUGAAGAGAUGAUUUUGGAUGAAUUGUAUCCUCCCGAGGCAGAAGAGCAAGAAAUAGACUCCAGCUAGCUAAUGUCCAGCAAAGAUCUCUGUCCUUCCUCCUCUCAAUCAUAAGAAUUACUGUCAGUGUAAAUCUGAGAUCUAAAUGGUCUAAUAUUAAUCGAUAGUGUAAAGGUUGCACUCGGAUGCAGCAUAACUAAUUCACAUUCCUUUGUGGUGGUUUAGGUGCUAAGUGUGGCUGAAAGCAAAGAUAUUUUGAUGUAAGAAUGAUCCUGCAAGGUACUGUUUUGCUGUGCAAAACCAUUCGGUGGCUUGUGACUGGUUCAGUUCAUGAAUUUCAUCCUCUGUGAAACUGCUGUGAAUGAAAUGUGAAAAUGUCACUAUUUACUGUGACUGCAGCUGAGUUGGAUGCUGAAUGUGCUGAGGUGUUUGGGAUCACUGCGUUGAUAGGAAAAUCUUUUGUAUUUGUGUCUUUUGCAGCUGUAACACUUUUCUUGGUUGACUUCCAAAUUUUUCAUGUUCUACUAGUAAAGAGUUUCCUGUGACUUUAAAAGCCUUUCUAGAAAUAACUUGCAGUUGGUGGUUCGGUUCUGAGCAAGAAAUUCACGUCCUGUAAUGAUCACAGUUCACUCGUUUUUCUCUGUCAUGAAUCUGCUGGAAGUGAACCUGGGCAGCCUGAUCCAGUGGGAUGUCCCUGCCCAUGGCAGGGGAUGGGAGCUGGAUGAUGUUUAAGGUCCCUUCCAACCCAAACUAUUCUAUGAAUCUAUGAACUCCCGAGAUGCCAAACCAAAAAUGCUACAGCUUCUUGUUUAAAAAAUGACCUUACACAAAUAAGGUGGUGAUGUGGGAGAGAGCUUUGUGUCUUACCCGGGCAGAGCACAGUAAUGGCCUGUGCACAGAGCGACUGGUGUUCCGGGUGCAGUACCCAGAUAGGUGUUGCACUGAAGAUGAGUGUCUCGUUACUGGGAUGCAGCACUGAUGAGGAGGAAGAACUGUUGCUGUACAAUUAUGAGCUGCCACGCUCGCUGCAGGUGUCAGCUCG